UUUCGUUCGCAAAACGUCCAUUGUGUCAAAAUUGUAAAAAACGUCGUCUUUUCUUUGCAACGCAGAAUACUGACGGGCAAAAUGUGAUUUUUUCUCGAUGAAAUCUAGCUGUUAAUUCCAUUUGCAUAGGGCCGAGGAGAAGAAUUCAUAUUGCAAAAAGCAGUGGUUAUAUUACGGUUUAAGUACAGCAAAACAACACACCGUUUUCGUAAUAACUGUAGGGUUGAGAAAUACAAUACAUUGUGCGUUUCGUUCCGGAGUGCAGUUUGUUAGCAUUUCAACAAUUACCGUGCGAAUGAGUUUAAAUCGAGUAUCGGUAAAAGUUUCCGUUUCCCGUCUGCGUGGAGAUCUUCGAUUUUUAAGACGCCUAGCAGACGCAGCACAGGAAGUGCCCGAGAAAGCACUACCAUGAGCGAGAGUCAAGCCGGUGAACAUCUCCGAGAUCAACAGUGGGAGAAGGCAAAAGAAAUCUAUGACCAAAUCCUUGACGCAACUCAAAAUAACUGCAAGCUCUCGAAAGAAAAAAUUAUUGCAUGUUUAUAUGGCCGGACAGAGUGUUGCCUAGAGCUACAAAAGUAUGACAUGGUAGCUGAAGACUGCCGACAGCUAUUAAUUUUGCUAAAUGAUAACGACAGUGUUUCCGGUUCUUGCCCAGAAGCGGAUCCAAGCAGCCCUAUUCCAUCGUCUGCUUCAUCUUCUUCUUCAACGGCAUCUAGCUCGUCGGUACAAAACAAUCUGUCUGCGACUACUGAAUCUAGAGUACGCAAACGAUUGAUUCAUUCCUUAUACAAACAACAGAAGUACGCGGAAGCUGAAACCAUUCUUCAAGAAUGGGCCAACAGCCAUAACCAUAAUCAAGACAUACAUCGCUAUUUAGAACGACUGCGGUCAGUACUCAAAAUGGCUUCCGCGAAUUCCUCACCUACGCCGGCUUCAUGUGGUACUGAUCAGGUCUCAACUUUGGUAAACCAAUCAGCAGGCGAUGUUGUCUCAUGCUCAUCGCCUUUAGACCCAUCUGGCUGCUCAUCUACACCGACAUCAACGAUUUCUUCACUUUCAUCAUUGAACGAUGAGUAUGACCAGAUUGAAAACAAGCUUGAAAAUCUCAUUGUUAACAAUCUUCCACCGGAUCGAUACAGCAAACAAAUAAAUCAAAUUGAAAUUAAUUUACGAAGUACUCACAACAAUCAUAACCAGGGAGAUGCAGUCAAUAGUUCGAAAAAUGAUUUAAAUCAGCCACAGGAACAGGAAUCAUGCACUAACGAACUUGACACUAAAGGAACAACAGUCGUUAACGAAAACGGAGAAAGCACUUUCAACACUAGCAUCAAUAGCGAUACCAAUAAUUGCGAUACAAAUAAUACUAGCAGUUCCGAUGUUAUUACAUCGACAACAAUCAUAAGUACCACGACUGAUGUAUCAGCACAACCCACGACGACAAUGGUAACAACAAGUGCUGACAUGUCCACAAGCCCUGUCAACAGUUUCCAAAAACAAAUAGAUAAAAUUACCAAUAUUACUUGCGUGUACUGUACAAUGACGUUUCUUGAUCGCUCUGAAUUAAGGGCUCAUUGUCAAACUGAGAAUCAUCAGAAUAUUAUUAUGUCUGAUGAAGCGUCAUUUUUUGUUCUAGGUCGUGACUGGAAAUGGCGUCCACCGCCUCGCGGUUUCACCGCCGAAUCAUAUUCAUUAUGUGAAAACUUUCUUGAUAACCAGUCCUGCCAUUAUGGAAAUCAGUGCGUAGAAGCGCACGGAAUUGAUGAACUUAAUGAGUGGAAAGAAAGAUUCGAAUAUCGCAAGAAAAAAUUGCAGCGAGCAAGGGAUAAAGAAUUAUACGGUAAAAGCUAUACUGAACAAUUGCUGGAACGGUGGGUGCAGGCACCUAGCCCGGAUAAAAUAAUGAAAGAGAAAAUAGACGGCGUAGAAGAAUCUUGCUCGCAAGAUCUCGUGACAACUGUUAGUUCUAAGGUGAGCAAACGCGAGUGGACUUUUGUGUUGAAGACAAGAAAACUUUUAAAAGCCGUAGCUCUGCUUCAAGAUGCACAUCGCAACCAUUUUCUAAUAAAGCAGAUCUUUCCUGGGGAACCGCGAAGCGGUAGCACCUGUAAAAAAUUAGGACAAGCCGUUGCGGUUAAUAAAGUUGUCGAGGCAGAUUUAACGUCAGACCAGGAAUGGAUUGCAUCUACUGAUCAAAAGCUCAACGACAUGGCAAAUGAAACUUCCCCACUAUUAGAACACCGAGUGAAAGUGGUUUUCAACACGGAUAUUUACGGAACGUUUCGUCAGGCAGUUGUGUUUGAUUUCGGUCAUGAACCAGUCCUAGUUAAACAUCUAUGUGUUGAUGUUGUUCCGGUGACAGAAGUAGAUAAGAUUCAAGAAAUUCGAAAGGACAUUGUCAUGUCUACAUCUGAACGAUGGGAUGAAACAAAUUCGGAAAUUGUUGAAUUUACUACUACCAUCAUUCCCCAUAUGCAAACACCAGCAUACGCAGCAGACGCUGAACGGGAAAAGGAUUUGCUAUUACGGUAUCCACUGCCGAAAGCAUCCACUUUUGUUCUGACACAAUCGACUAUAACUGAAAAGAAACUGACGAAGAAUAAUUAUCGCAAUCGUAUUCAUGAACUUCUGUAUGUAGAAGAAAUUGCUCGUUACGAGCAGAUUGCACGCUACAACCUUACAACAAGACUGACGAUUGCAACAAACUACCUGCUAACCCCUAGUGGAAUGGCCACCAGCACGGCCAAAUAUUCCCAUUCAGGUGAAUUAUUUGCGUUGAUGAAACUAGGCAAAGAUGUCUCAGAGGAUACAUCCGCAGGUCGAUUGAUACUAAAUAAUUGCCAAGCAGUACUAAUCGCUUCUAAAGAUGCAGCUCCUAGUGGUGAAAAGAGGAAAGUUUACGAGGCUGUGAUCGAAGACAAAGGCAAGAACAUGAUUUACCUUAAAACAUCAGCAAAAGCAGUCGCCGGUCUUGGUUUGAAACCUGAUACAGAGUUCAUAGCUGACAUACAGUUCCAGCCGAAUCGUCUCACGUACUGUGAGUGGCACCAUGCCAUAGACAAAAUUGCGGACUUUAGAAUUAUAUUCCCUGACAUUUAUCUAGAACCAAGCAUACCAUGGACACCACAACGUCAAUGGGAUGUUUCUCUUGAUCCCAAACUAAACUCUAAACAGAAGGAGGCAGUUGUUGCAAUAACUACUCCAAUUGAAGUGGCUUUACCUCCGAUACUGUUGAUCGGACCAUUCGGCACAGGUAAAACUUAUACACUAGCACAGGCAAUAAAACAGCUGCUGUUACAACCGGAAUCGAAAAUCCUAAUAUGUACGCACUCAAACUCGGCUGCUGAUCUUUACAUCAAGGAUUAUCUCCAUCCUUGGGUAGAAGAAGGCAUGGAAGACGCUAAACCGUUACGGGUUUAUUACCACAAACGUUGGGUUGCCACCGUCAAUAGCAUUGUCCAAAAGUACUGCCUGAUUGAUCUUAAUAUAAACGUUCGCAACUUUCGCCGACCGACAGUCGAAGACAUUCUCAGAUAUCGUAUAGUAGUGGUAACACUCAACAUUUCAAUGGAACUAGCGUCGUUGGAUUUACCGAAAGGUCAUUUCACUCAUAUCUUUCUGGACGAAGCCGCCCAGGCAAUGGAAUGUGAAGCUAUCAUGCCCCUAGCACUGGCCACUGAGAAAACUAGAAUUGUUUUAGCUGGAGAUCACAUGCAAAUGUCGCCUGAGUUGUUUUCCAACUUUGCAAAAGAACGCAAACUACAUAUUUCGUUACUUGAACGAUUAUACGAUCAUUAUCCAAAUGACUUUCCGUGUAAGAUAUUGCUGUGUGAAAAUUAUCGUGCUCACGAGGCUAUUAUAAAAUUUACCUCUGAGUUGUUUUACGAACAAAAGUUGAUAGCAUCUGGUAAACAACCGAGACAUGAGAAGUUCUACCCUUUAACAUUUUUCACUACACGAGGCGAGGAUGUUCAGGAUAAAAACUCUACCGCUUUUUAUAAUAACUCGGAGGUAUAUGAGGUAGUCGAACGAGUUUGUGAACUACGAAAAAAGUGGCCCAGUUCGUGGGGAAAGAUUAAUGAUCAAAGUAUUGGGAUUAUGACUCCAUAUGCGGAUCAAGUCUUUCGAAUUCGAUCAGAGCUAAGAAAACGUCGAAUGGGUGGAAUCAGUGUGGAAAGAGUUUUGAAUGUACAAGGAAAACAGUUUCGAGCGAUUUUUUUAUCCACUGUACGAACCCGACGAACUUGUAAUACGAAUGCCAGUGAAGCUGGUAAUGCAUCCGAAGAUGUCGAUUAUGGAUUUUUGAGCAAUUCUAAGUUGUUGAAUACGGCAAUAACUCGUGCGCAGAGUCUAGUAGCUGUUGUGGGAGAUCCCGUAGCACUCUGUUCGAUAGGUCGCUGUCGAAAAGUAUGGGAACGUUUUAUUGAGAUUUGUUAUCAAAACAAAAGCCUAUUCGGAAUCACAUGGUCGUUGUUAAGAUCCCAACUUGAUGGUGUUGAGCUAAAAAAGACCUACGUGCUUAACCCGCUUGCUCCUGAGUUUAUACCUCGGGCUUUGCAGGCUGAAGCAUACCUUAGAGAGCAAGCCGCAAAUGUUACUAAUCAAUAUCACCAACAACCGCCACACCACAUUCAGCAUACGAACAACUUCCACCAUCAACCAAAUCAAAGUUUUUCUGGAAACCAUAGUGUUUCCACGGGUGGCAUGAUUCGGCAAAUUGCACCACCGAUGCAACAACCACCAGCUCCUUACCUUGGUCAUGGUCCAGGACCCGGAUCACAUUCUGGACAUCCACCCAUACAACAGCAAUCUCAACAACAGUAUCCGUAUCAAAACCAUAUGUUCUUUUAUCAACAACAACAGCAGCAACAACCUCAACAGCAACCGAUGCGUGGACCGCCGCCUCACCCAAAUGCUUUAGGACCUCCUGUACCAGCGAAUAUUCAGCAGGGUGGGCCAUCUGCUUUUCAACAGAACAACCCGUCAAAUCUGUGGAAUGCUUCAAGCUCUACUGGGCAUUUUCCGAUGGUUCCAUCCCCUGGUGGAAGGAAUACACCACCAGGAUGGCGACUGCCGCAGAAAAAUACCGUUCAACAAGUUCGUCCCCAACUACCCCAACAUCAACACAUGCCUUUGGCAGCUAGUACGCGACCUCUGAUUCCGCCGCCUAUGCGAAGUCCUGUAUCGCAACAGCAACAGCUGUCGGCUGUUCCACCGAUGCCUUAUCUACAACAGCAGCAACAACAGAACAAAACACUUCAAAACUACGGUCCGUUUCCACAUCACCAACAGCAUCCUCCCAAUCUAAAUCAUCAUCAUCAACCGCAACAGCCACAACAGCAACAACAACAACAACAACAGCCACAUCAAUUGCAUCAGAGUCAUAUACGUCCAAUAUUAGGUGGUCCCAUCAGUCCCAGUUCCUACCAGCAACAACAACAGCAACAACCAUCUUCACUAUACUCUCAGCAAGAUCCAUACCUAUCGAACAUUUCCAAUGAUCUUAUGGCCUCGAUAACAGUGCGUGCGUCUCAAAUGCAGCUCCCACCAGCCCAUUCACAACAAACAUUAUUACAUCAACCAACAGCAAAAACUCUGAACCCACUCAGACUUGACGAUCGUCACACUAUGGAUAAGGAUAUCCAAUUUUUGCAAAAUGUUCACAUCCCUGAAAAGUUUGGGCAAAUUUCGCAGUCUGCCUCACUGCAACAACAUCCACAUCAACAUCAUUCCAACACAACAGCUGUUGCUACAGAUUUUAAUCAUCUGCUACCCCCGAAUAUGAGUUUCCUGGAUGUAGCACUACAGUCGAAAGAAUUUCAGUAUCUUUGGUUUAUUAAGCUAGUAGAAACGCAAGGUUUAGAAGCAGCUAACAAGUUUAACGAUAUACUUCGACAAGUUCCAACACUAACACCUUCAACUUCCCAACAACAACCAAUCCAAAAGAAAAUAAAUCCACCAAUGCCAUCUCCAGCGGAACUUAUGCUAGAUAACAUUCUUAAUCCAAACAAGGAUAUUCUUGGAACAAAUAAUAUACAGCAUCCAACGACAAUGCUACAUCCACAACAGAAUAUUGGGUCGGUUCUUACCAAUGGAAAUGCGCUUCUAGGUUCAAAUAACACAAAAGGACUGCUGGAGGGUGUUGAUUUAUUCGGAAAUAUGUCAGCUUCAUUGACACCAACCGAAUUGCCUCCACUUAUCAAUUCUAAUCCGGCAUCUGCUACGCAACAAUCUGUACCCCUUUACCGCCGUCAAGCUGGUCAAAACUAUCAAAAUAGUACCGGCUCGUCUUCUACUGCUCAAUCUAUAGCAUCCUCUACACCGGAUUUGGUAGAUAACCAUCUGCAACAAUCCCUUUUUGAAGCAAUGGAAGGAAAAUUGCAUCCUAAUAAUGGCAGCAAUACCAAUAUGCUUUUAAGUAGCAUACAAAACCAGAAUCAGUUUUCUACCACUGAUCAAGCUAAUGGUUUCCAGGGAUUUACAUCCAUUAAUAACAUUGCAGCCGGUUUAAUACAACAACAACAUAACAUGAAUAAUCGCGAAUUAUUACUACACCAAUUGCAACAACAGCAGCAGCAACAACAUCAUCAUCAUCACCACCAACAACAGCAACAUCAUUUGCAUGACAGCCGAAACGUAAACCCAAGUACCGUAGAGGAACUGUUAAGUCGGCAGAAUCAAACCUACGCCAGUGUGCUUAGCCAGGGCGGAAAUCUUGCACAAAACACUAACAAACAGCAUGGGGCUCCGAAAGAAGGAAAUAGUCUAGACGGUGGAUCCGUGUCUAAUUCCAGCGCCGGUGAUCCCUUCGCUGCUCUUCGGGAUCUCGGACGAAAAAGCAAUGGAUUCUACAACUACUUUCAGUGAGCAUGCAAACCAGUUAAGACGAAAGGAAGAGAGAGUAUGACUUCAUUCUAUCCUGCAUGGUAGAAACACUGAAUGGAGCAGCAGUGGAAAUGUUAUUAAAUUAAGCAAAUUGUAUGAAGUUUUCAAUUGAAAAACAAAACAAAAAAAAACAAAAAAAAAUGGAAAAUUCUUAAAAACCCAAAAAGUUAUGUCUACUUACAUUUACCUAAACACUUAUAUAACACAUUACAAUUAGUAAUUUAUAAAAGUAAAAUAAAUGAGAGAGAAACAUUAAAAACUAUAUUAUCCUUCACUGCAACAUUUAUCAACUUUACAGUUAGUAUAUAUUUUAAAAAUUUCAAUACGCAAGCAGUGAGCAUAAGAUUUUUUUUAUUCGUAGUCUCGUUUCUCUAAGUCAAUCAAAUUCAAAAGUAAACUAAAUUUAGCAUCAAAUAUGUUUUGCAACAUCAUUUUACUUUCUAAAGUUUUAUUGGUUUUACAGUUGAAUCUGUUUGGGCUUACCGUGUUGCAGCUCGAGAAAAUUUAGAAACAAACAUACGCUGCGGUUGUAAUUUAAAACAAUGCUUCAUCUAAUCACUUAACGAUCUUACACUAAAUUGGUUAGACUUUCAUAUAUUUUUCUAAAACUUGUUUUAAGUGCAACCCUGCUGGAGAGUGGACGAUAUGUAUUAAUGUACGAUGGAUAGGUACGAUCGACGGUAGAACAAGGACGAUUAAAUCGUUGCAUAGAAUGCCUCUGCUGAAAUUCAUGAAUCAUGUUUUGGCCCCCUACUUUUCUUGUCCAAUAUAAGUUUCUUACUAAAUAAGUUUUAUAGCAACAAUAUAAUUUUAUUACAAUAGUUAGAAAUAAAAUAUUUUGAAGAUGCUCUCAUUUUUAUAUUACAAACUAAUGGUUUAAAAUGAUUAACGAAAAAAAAGAUGAAAAUGUAAAAAAAAUACAAAAAUGAAAAAAAUUACAAAAAAUAUGAAUGUAAACACGUAGAAAUAAUUACCCCGUUUGGCGUUGAAUUUCUCAGUGUUAGUUCGUGCCGAAAGGAAUUUGUGGCACAGAAUUCAAAUACAAAUCGCUAUUCCCCGACCAAAUUAAUAUGUACUGUUAUUUGUUGUAAAGCUUUAUUGUAUUUUCCUCUUUGACAUUGAAAAUAAAAUUCACUAACAGCUUAAGUUUCAAUAUGCUAUCGAAUAAGCACUGAGAAAAGCAUUUCCAACGGUAAUACUUAGUCUCUAAAGUGUAAUAAAUAUAUUAUAUCGCAAAAUAACAACAGAAAAUCAAAAAAAAAGAUAAAAAAUUUAAAAAUCGAAAAAACUAUUAUUGAUGAAAAUUAGUAUUUAAUGUACUUGUAUAUGUAAAAACAAAAUUAUAUAUGAAUAUUACUUGACAAUUCAACUGCAGACAAAACAACGUUAAAAACAGGCACAUAGAUUUGCUGAAAAAUAUGCAAAAUUAAAUCACUUGCAUGUACUUUUCAUUAAAGAACAACCUCUACGAAUUACCUUCUUUUCUAGGUAUGUGAUUAUUAAAUGUUAAUUUGCUGUUUAAUUGCUAUACAAAUUGAAUUAUUUUGUCAAAUAUUGAAGGAUUUCGUGUCAACUCGACCGAAGGGCUGGCAGCACCCUCACAGAAUUCAUUCAAAAACAUCAUAUCAAGAAGACUGGGAACUCUGCCUGAACUCGUGCGACGGUUUUGGCAGCGCAGUCUUUUGAAUAUAGGUGGAACUGACACAUGCUAGUGUGUGCGCUGGUGAUGCUAAACUAAGCAACUCAUUUUUCGAAAAUUUAUCUAGACUAACAUUUGUAAUGAGCCAAAGUUUAUUUUGUAUAUUUCGAUACAUCUGAUUAAUGACAGGAGAAAAAGGAAAGCUGGCAAGGAAUGACUCCUUGAAAACAAAAAAAUAAUAGACCCUAUACUAAAAAAAACUGGUUUAAAAAACGAAAGAAAUGAUUUUUAAAAAAGUUUUCAUAGAUAGAAAACUUAGUUGUUUUGAAUUCUUCUGAACAUUCCAAAAUGGAUACUCUUAAGGAGAAAAAUUCUAACUAUUUUCCGCUCAGGGUACUUUUUUUGGAUUUCUAAAUUUUAAUACAAGUAAUUUUCUAAAAGUUAUUCUUUCACAACUUUUCUCCAUUUCUUUUCAUUAUAUUUCGUCAUAAUAUCAUAAUACAUCGAUUGAAACAAAAAAAUUAGCCUUUAUCAAAUGCUAGUCUAGAUAAACUUUUGAGAAGUACUUUUGAAGUAUGCAAAGUCGUUUAGUUUAGUAUUUCCCGCACCCACAAAGUUUCAGUAAAUUGUAAGAGGGUGCUGCCAGCCUAUUCAGUCGAGUUGGCAUGAAAUCCUUCCAUUGCAGCAUCUAGUUUAUACCUGUUUUACGUCAUAUCGUAAGCAUGGCGAAUAGAUAUGAGUUUUGGAAAUUCCUUUGCAAAUUCACGAUAUAAUUUCGCAUGAACACAAUUUUUGAGAAACUGUCCACAGCGUGAUUUUUUCGUGUAUUUUUGUACAAGCGCAAAUUUUCAUAUGAUACUGGGAAUAGUUCGACACCAACAGUUAUUUAAAUUUUGCGUAGCUUUCCAUUUGCAUCUGUGAGAAAUUUUAGUAUUCAUUUGUAUAGUGAUUAAAAGUUUUAAUUUAAAAAUUGAAAUCAAGCCUUUUCUGCAUAGCCCGCGUGAAGAAAAAUUUAUAAAUUAUUUUAGUAUGUAUUGCAACUGAUUUGUAAAAGGAUCUAUUUGAAAAAAAAAACAUUUAGAAACAGCUAUAUUAAAAUAUAAAU